AUGAGAAUGCUAUUUACUGUGCUUUCUCAAGAACAGGCUUCGAAAUCGUGCAAUGAGUUCAUGGAGAAGAUCGAUUUAAGAAAUGAUGAGGAAGAGGACGAAGAUAAAGAUGGAGUUGAAGACUCGGCUUUCAUUGCGGGACCCUUUGACUCGCUCCCAAAGGCUAGGAGAUGGUCUUUGAUGGCAAAAUCGCUGUGGCAUCAGGUCCAAAGCAUCAAGGCGGACGCUCCCAAGGACCGACCAUUCUUUAAACUGAGACUCGCUGAGCUCGAGCUUGACAGGCUCUCUCAAUCCAAUAAGGACGUGCGCGUCAGUGAAGCCGAUAAAGACUUGGGGAAUGCAGCGCUCGAAGUUUCCGAUUUAUCAGUUCAGGUAGAGCCUCUUUGGACGACAUACAAGCUCGACCACAAUGGUUCAACACAGGACCAGGACGCGUUCUAG